CACUAGAACGCUAUGUAAGAGUUCGGGAAACAUAACUGUGAGCGAGAGUUGUUUCAUCAAAAGUCAAAACUUGAGAAGUUCACCAAAGUCGACGGUUUCUUCAAACUUGAGAAUCGCGAAAUUAUGACCGAAAGUGAGCAAAUCGUCUACAUCAGCUGCUUAGAGGAGGUACGGUACUCCUUCGUCAGUCACAUCUUCGAAGCUCUCUGCCUAAAGCGCAUAAAUGAUGUAUUCGUCGAUAGCGACGAUCUGCUUUCCAAGGAGGCGCAGGCAAAGGUCGAGAGAGCUAGGGUUUCCGUGAUGAUUUUACCCGGAAACCAUACGGUACGCCUUGACAAGCUCGUGAAGGUUCUCGAGUGCCAGAGGACCAACGACCAGGUGGUGGUCCCGGUGUUGUACGGCAACAGAACAGUAGAGGCCGAAUGGCUUAGCGCGCUGGAUUCGAAAGGCUUCUCAUCAGUUCACCAGUCCAGGAAGGAAUGCAGUGACGCCAAACUUGUAGAAGAGAUUGUCAAAGAUGUGUACGAGAAGCUCUUUUAUACUGGGCGAAUUGGAAUCUAUUCGAAGCUGCUAGAGAUUGAAAACAUGGUUAACAAGCAACCGAUAGGCAUCCGUUGUGUUGGAAUUUGGGGUAUGCCUGGCAUAGGAAAGACAACACUUGCUAAAGCAGUCUUUGACCAAAUGUCUAGCGUCUUUGAUGCUUCUUGUUUUAUCGAAGACUAUGACAAAUCAAUUCAUGAGAAGGGUCUUUAUUGUUUGCUGGAGGAACAAUUUUUGAAAGAAAAGCCUGGUGCCGAUGGUACCACAACUAAACUGAGCUUGCUUAGAAAGAAAUUACACAAUAAGAGGGUUCUUGUUGUUCUUGAUGACGUGCGCAAUCCUUUGGCUGCAGAGCCUUUCCUUGGAGGUUUUGACUGGUUUGGUCCCAAAAGCCUAAUCAUCAUAACCUCCAGAGAUAAACAGGUGUUUCGCCUUUGUCGAGUCACUCAAAUAUAUGAUGUUCAGGGUUUAAAUGAGAAAGAGGCUCUUCGGCUCUUCUCCUUGUGUGCGUCUAUAGACGAUAUGGCAGAGCAGAAUCUCCAUGAGGUGUCAAUGAAAGUUAUUAAGCAUGCAAAUGGACAUCCAUUAGCUCUCAGUCUCUAUGGCAGAGAGCUGAAGGGUAAAAAAAGACCGCCAGAAAUGGAGACAGCAUUCCUCGAACUCAAGGAACGACCUCCAGCUGUUUUUGUUGAUGCUAUCAAGAGCUGCUAUGACACACUCAAUGACAGGGAAAAAAACAUCUUUUUGGACAUAGCUUGUUUCUUUCAGGGAGAAAAUGUCGACUACGUGAUGCAACUGCUUGAGGGUUGUGGUUUCUUUCCACAUGUUGGAAUCGAUGUUCUUGUCGAGAAGUGUUUGGUGACUAUUUCAGAAAACAGAGUGCGGAUGCAUAACUUGAUCCAAGAUGUUGGCCGACAAAUAAUAAAUAGAGAAACAGGAGAGACUAAGAGACGCAGCAGACUGUGGGAACCUUGCUGCAUCAAAUAUUUGUUAGAAGAUAACGCAGAGAAAGAAAAUGGAGAACACCAAACAACUUUGGAACGUGCUCAGUUCUGUUAUCUUUUGAUAGUCUUUGAAUCUGAAUUUCUAGAAGAAAUCGCCAGGGAUGUGUUUGAGCAACUCUAUCCAACAGAAGAGAUUGGGAUCCAGUCACUACUAAAGGAGAUAGUAGAAAACUAUCUAUGCAAUCAACCAUGGGGCAUUCGCACUAUAGGCAUUUUUGGUGAGCCUGGCAUCGGAAAGACAACUCUGGCUACAGCCUUCUUUCGCCGAAUUUCUCAUGGCUAUGAUGAUUCUUGUUUCAUCAAAGAUUUUCACAAAGAAUAUACUGAGAAGAGACUUGAGUAUUUGCCUCCUAAAUACUUGGGUAAAACUUCAAUGGAAAAGUUUGACCUAAAAAGUUUUGAUUCACAGCCAAGCCACCGCAAGAAGUGGGUUCUUGUUGCUCUAGACGAUGUGCAAAAUGCUCAAGACGCGAAGUCAUUUCUUGGUGGAUAUGAUAAGUUUGGUCCAGGGAGCUUGAUCAUCAUAACUUCCAGAAAGAGAAAAAUUCUUGAGCAGUGCCAUAUGAAUAAGAUUUAUGAGCUAAAAGGUCUAAAUGAUGAAGAUGCUCUAAAGCUGUUUACGAGAUGUGCCUUUGGGAACAGAGUGAUAGAGCAGAAUCUUCUGGAUCUUUCAAAGAGAGUGGUUGAUAGUUCUGAUGGGAACCCAAAUACUCUUCGCUCAUUUGCCAAGAAGCUCAAGGGCAAGGCAGUGGAAAAAAUCAGUUGGACGUUUCCUGAUGAUUGUGAUGUAUUCGUUGCCGACGAUGUAUCUUGUGACACUGAGAAGAACACAUAUUUGCGCAUUGUCCCCUGUGAAGAAGACGAUGAAGUACACGAAAAUAAGGAGCUCCAGUCAGAUCACAAUGCGGUUUUGGCCACUGGAGAUAGCAAUACAAUAAUUCUGACCCCAUCCGACUUGUCGGCUGAAUGCGAAUUUCGAUCUUAUUCUCAGAAGAACCCUGGAUUCGGCCUUUACAACCGCAUCUCCAAGUCUCUGCCUAGUAAUCUAAAGGUUUACAGAUUGGAUUAUAACUCUCUGAUGAGAUCCUUGUAUGAACACUUACACCAAAAGCAUCAUGUUCUACUACAAGGGUUUGCUGGUGGACUUCAGAAACGUUGGAAAAGCUUCUCAAACUCGCAUGAUCACGAUCAGCUAGAGCAUCAUCUCCAACUUCUCCUUAAUCUCUCUGGCGGUUGCGUUGUGACCAAAAUUUGUCUAGAAGUUGUACGGAAGAAUAGAGAAUCGAAUGGUAAGAACAUUAAUGGCAUCAAACAAAUAAGAUAUGGAAAUCCUGAGUUAUUGAAGAUUAAACUUGAUCGAGAUCAACCUAAUGGCUUGGGUCAAUAUAUAUCAAAUCAAAAUUAAUGUUGGACAAAACUUAGCUUAAAUUAA